AAGAGACCUUUCUUCUGCGUUUCCUGCGCACCGGCUCGGUGCAACUCGUUUUAGUAAAGAGCGCCAUCUCAGGUCCUGUCGUUCCUCUGAAUGCCCUGCUCUCUCUCCUCGUGUCUUGCUUUUUUGACGGUGAGAGUAACGCUCGAAAGUCUCUUCCAGACAAAGCGUUCGUCUCGUUUGUUCUGAGUGAACUUUCCUCGGCGACUUCACAACCUCCUUCAGCUCCGGCUGCUUGUAAACAAACCUAGCUGUCUCGUCUACUUUUCGUCAAGACCGUCCAGUCUCCACUUCUCUCAGUCGCCUCGUUCUCUCUUCUCUGUCUCUCCUCUAUCUCCUGCUUUCCCCUUUCCUCCCAACUCGCUGUUGUCUCUUUCUUCUCGUCUUUCUUGUUCUUCCCUAGCGUGUCUGUGUUCCUUGUUCCUUCCUUUGUCUUUUCUCUGGCUUUUACCGCUUCUCUCUCGGCCAUGGAGGAGAGCAGGAGACGCCGCAGCUCUGCAGGCGAGAGAGCAGAGCCGUCUCUCGACGACUCGGGAGAUGUGGAGAUCGGCGACCUUCUCCAUUGUCUCGACUCCGCGACAGUCGACUUGGUGCACCACAGUUUGCCGAGUGAAGUUCUUUCCAGGUCGCAUCUGCCAUCUCAGAAAGAGACAGUUCCUUUCCAGAGCACCAAACAUGCGCGAGCUCUUGCGUCGCCCGCGCUCAAGUCCGACGCGCUGAACGUUGCAGUGUACGUACACCGCGUGGUCGGCCGCGGCGACGAGGCAAGCAGCGCGCAUGCAGCCGCGGCUGUGAAGGCGCUGGACGGCGCACUUGAGAGACUAGACGAGGAGAUGAAGAAGGCGGCGAUGUUCUCUCAAGGCGAGAGACUGGGAUAUGAAAACGACACAGAAAUCAAACACAGGCGGAGACACUCCUCCUUCUUCGAGGGAGACGCGGGGAGACGGUCGGGGGAAAAUGAGGAUGUUCGGCGACAUGCACAUGGAGGCGUACCUGCCUUGCCUGCGCUCCUGCGGCUUCUUGGAAGCGAUGGCGAGAAGGGGGAGGGAAGAAGAUUGAGAGGAGAAGAACUGAGAGAGAAGGAAGAGCAGGUCUUGCUUGCGCUACUGCACGAUUCGGAUGAGGAAAAGGAAGAGGAAAGGGGAGAGAAGCGACAACUCGAGGGAGACUGUGGACUUGUCGCAGACGCACUGGAUGGCACAAGCUUCAUUGAACAGGUCAAAGAAGAAAUCCAGGAUAUCUGUCGAGAAAGCAAACAACUGCACACCGAGGCCGACCGCAUGUACCAAAGUGUCGAAGAAGAAAUCCUUGUCGCCUCGCGACUGCUGCUCCUCCAGGAGGUCGUGCGUGAGUGCCUGCACUUUGUCUCCACAUUCAAGCGUCUUCUCAAAGAAGAGAGUCCGUCAGCAAAAGCCGCUCUCGUCAAAAAACUCCUCGCUCUUCUUCGCGAGCCCCAUCGCCUGUCUGCGAGCUGUUCGGCGGCUGUAUGUACACCUGGCGACGAACGCGGCAUACAAACCGGCGCUCCAUCUGCGGGAGAGACCGAGAAGGUCGUUGCUCUCGGCGAUCUCCAAAGUCUCUCGCACUGUGUCUCUCUUGUCCAGAGAGAAGCUGCUCAUCUCCGCAAUGCUGCCCGACAGCAACUCCUUCAGGCGGUCGAACAAGGCUCGUCUCUGUCCCUCGCGUCUGCGCUGGACGUAUUCUUCCUUCUGGACCAGCUGUGGGAGCAAGUCGAGGCCGUUCUGCGGACCCUCGUCGCGGGUGUAUGUACACCAGUCGCCACACAGACUCUGCAGAACGAAGCGAGCAGAGGCGCCGUCUCUGCAUGCACCCGAGUGGGGAAAGGCAGCCUCCCGGCUCUUCUCUGUCGCAGCGACUUCGAAUCAAAUCUAGCUGCGGAGACAGAGAGUUUCUUCUCUCGCCUGGAGGAAGGCCUCAAACGCGCCUCGCUUGUCGACCAGGUUCUUGCUGUCGGAGAGGACCCUGUGACGCGGCAGCCGUACACCGCGUUUCUCGUCGCGAGUGGAUUUGCUUCGACUUUGAGCGACGAAGUCUGGCGCGCGUCCUCUGUUCAUUUUUCUGCUGUUCUUCGUCAAGUCGGAGCCUUCGGACCUCUGCCCCCGUCUCUCCUGGCUGCACUCGCCUCCGCAGUUUCGCAGAGGACGCAGCGGAGACGGCGCGGCCCUGCGCGCGCUUCGGAGGAGCGCCAAGGGUCGACCGAAGAAGGGGAAGAAAACAGAGAACGCAGAGACACCGGAGACAACGAAGAAGAAAAGGAAGAAGAGGAAAAGCGAGAAGAAAGAGAGGCCGAACUCAGUCGGUUUGCCGCCUCUCUGGCGCCUCCACAACGCGCACUCGUGGAAGCCACACCUCUCCUUUCUUUUCUUCUUCUCGCUUUCCUGCGGCGAUGCGAAGAGAUCUCGAGAGCUGGCGUCCUCUCCAAAGCUCCGAGCGAGUCGCAGACCGGCGUCUUGCUCGGAACGAUUUCCCCCCUGCGCCAGGUGUACAUACACCUGCUUGCGGCGCGUCUGGACGGAGUUCUUUCCUCGCUGUUCUCGACGAAAAGUUUUUCUCAAGUGCGGCUUUUUCUGCGGCGCCUUCCGUCCGCAUUUCCCCUCUCCCUGCUGCUCCCUCCCGUUGGCUCAACGGCUUCUGGGAGUUCUUCCGGCGAAGAAGAAACAUGUCGAGAAGCUUUCUCGCGCCUCCUCCAGGCGGUCGACCCGGUGGUGCGCCUGCCGGCCUCGCCAGACAUCGAUGCGCUCGUUUCCGCCGCAUUCGGAGAGCUGGAGCGAGCGAGAGUCAGCACGGACGCGGAACUCACCAGGCAGGCCGCAGAUGUCGUCGAAGAGACUCUCGAAUCCCUCGUCCUGCUGUGUCUCUGUCAACUCCACCGAGACGUCGAACUGGAGCCUCCCGUUCUGGUCGACGCAUCCGGCAAGCAACUGCUGCGCCGCCUGCCGGCGGCCUCUGCUGCUCGCGUUCGAGUGUCGAAAGUUUUUGCCCUAUUCGCUGGAGUCGAGGCGGCGAUGAAAACUGUUUUGGAAGAAAAUCCUCACUUCCUGCCGCUUCUCCAGGCGCCCUCAGAAGAGCGGAGUGAGCGUGGAUCGUUUUCUUUCGAGGAGUCUUUGCGGGGCUUCCAAGCUUCUCCGUGUGUGUCUGGAGAGUUUUUCGGCGAUGCUGAAGAGGCAGAACAUGCACUUUUCUUGGAAAGGCUGUACAGCCAGAAACCGUCGUUGCUGCAGUGGAAUACGUUCAGAGAAGUUGCAGCUGUCAAGAGACGACUGCUCGCCCCUCUCUUUUCGAGCGUCGAACGCGCAGCUGUCGACGGCUGUUUGCAGCGCAUAGUCGAGGAACUUCCUGCCUCGCUUUCCUCGCCAGGCUCGAAGGCAGCCGACACCAGGGAAAGAACAGCGGCAAGAGGAGAAAUGGCGGCAACUGAAGAUGUGGAGCAACUGCAUGCGUUGUGCGAACUGGAGCGGCUCCUAUGUCACGUCCAACAACAGUACCUCUGUCUGCUUCCGCCCGCGUCUCUUGUCGCGCCUCUCUCCAGUCUCUCCCUCGCGGUUCUGGAAACUCUGCUCAGUCUCGCAUGCGUCUGUGAAGCGGGAGACGAGCGCGCCAGAGCCUUCGUUGCCGCCGUCGUCGCGCGAGGAGAAGUCCUCCUCUCUGCCUUUUGGACGGACUUCCACAAACACGUGAGGGUCGGAUCCGACAUGCUUCGCAACGUCCGUCGUCUUCUUUUUGCGGAUUCUCCGUUCCUCCUCCACGAGGUGCUCACCCUCCUGCCUCAACAAGAACCUUGGCUCUGCAGUGAAAACGGAACUUUUUCAUCUUCCUCGUCAGCGUCCUCUUCGUCUUGUCUUGCUUCGCCUGCUUCUCUCGUGACUUCUUCUUUGCCGCCGCUGCUCGUGGCUGUUCAUCUGCUGUAUCGCCUGCCCGCUCAGUCGCACUCACAGCAGUCUCCUGCUGGGCCGCCCGCAUGUCUUCGGCUUCCAGGAGGCGCGCCGGAGCUCGCGCGCCGCCUCUCGGCGUAUCUUCGGAGAGAGCGAAGAGAGCCGUAUGGAGAAGGAGAAGAAGAGCUGGAGACAGAGCACGAGGAGACAGUCCAGAAGCUGAGGAGAGAUCUCCGCCAUGUGGUGACCCUCUGGGGCAAGGGCGAGGAAUCGAAAGAAAGCACAGGCGACGGACGCGAGGGAGAGGAGAGAAGAGAGAGAGAAGAAAGAAGAGAGAGAAGAAAAGCGAGGGGAUGGAUGCACAGAGACAGAGAAGAAGAGAAGCGAGAGGAUUUGAAGCUUCUGACGCAAGUGGCUCGUCUUCUCAACGCUGCAGUGAACGGAGGCCGAGAAGUCGCCGAAGGAAACGCGCGAGAAAUCGUUACUUCUGCCCAUGAAGCCCCUGAGAAAUCAACACCUGCAUCUUCUCUCGAGCAAACGCCUCUUUCAGCAGAAAACGCAGUGCCGGUAAACCCCAGUCCCUUCUCGUCUUCUGCUUCGCCUCCCUCUCCGUUUUCGGCUUCUCCCUGUUCCUCCUCUGCUCCUGCUCUCUCGUCUUCUUCGUCUCUUUCUUCUUCUUUGCCUUCAUUGUCUGUGCAGGCCGGAGAAGCGGCCCAGGAGCAGAAAGCGGGUGCGCGUUUACCUGGCUUUCCAAAGGUUCACUCGAAUUCGCUGCAGUCUCCAAGCUUGUCUUUGAAUGGAGUCGGAGAGCCGCAGAACUCAUGGGGGCAGACGAUGGGAGAUAGAGAAGAUCCGAAGGCGGCGCAAGUGCCUGCGCUCGGCGCUUCCCCAUAUCUAGGCUGGGAAGCAGAAAAAGAGAGAGAACAAGAGCCUCACGCGAGGACCGAAAGCAGUGUUCCUUGGCACCCGCCGCCUCCACCCUGUCUGUAAGCUGAGAGACAGAGAGAAGAGAGAGGACAGGAAGGAGAACAACAAGGACAACAAGAGAGAGAAGUCUGAGAACAACAAGGACAACAAGAGAGAGAAGUCUGAGAACAACAAGGACAACAAGAGAGAGAAGUCUGAGAACAAGAGAGGAGAUAUGAGAAUCGCCCCCGGAGCUUUGAUGCGAGCCGAGGAAGACCCAGCGAAGGGAAGUCGAGCCUAAACUGCUUUUUCUCGGAUUUCUAACUGGUGUCGACACCGGUGGAGAGACAGUAUGCGGAAAGGGAGAAGUAUCUUUGUGAGAGAAGCUUCCUUCGCCUCCCUUUUCCGUUAUGAGCGUCUUUCGGUGUCGCGCACAGGGUGCCGUCAGUUCAACAACUUCGUACAAAGACGCAAGAGCAUCUUUGGUUUUAAAAGUUAGG